AUGGCCUCACUCUUCGGCGAAUCCAUCUUGAGCUUCCUCCCCCUGCCCGAUGAAUCAGUUUACGGAAGAUGGAAUUUCCUAGUUUUUGAUUCUUACAAGGACUUGGUUUUGUGCGGAUUUCGUACCGAAUAUCAGAGAUCUCUCUUCAUCUGCAACCCGUUCACGGAGCAGUGGAUCGCUCUUCCUCUAGCGCCAGAAACGCGGCGGUCUUCUACAAUUGGAUUAAGGAAGACAAGGUUAGUUUGUGAACCCAGCUCUAAUGUUGAACUUGAUCUAGGAGAAGGCCAACCACCAUUUUUUUAUUCCUCUGCAUACCGGUUCCGGGUGGUGUGUAUUUACCACUUGCGCGAUUCUAUAAGGAUAGACUUGUUUUGUUCCGAGUCUGGUGAGUGGACGAAGGAGGCUCUUGUUCUUAAUGGGCAUUUCAGUUUGUCUGAUAUUAAUGUAGUUUCUACAUCCUGCAACGGUGGGUUGUUUUGGUUGUGUAUGAAUUCCGGAGUUUUGGGGUCUCAUCCAAUAAUUGCUGGGUUUAAUCCCUUUCGCCUUGAUGUACCUCCCAUCCGACUUGAUACUUCUCGACUCGCCAAGGGAAGCUGGAAUAUUUCGGUCUCACAAGGUGCUCUACACCUAAUAUCACUUGCUCCACCUACACUUUUGAGUGUUUGGAGACUGGAAGAAGACCGUAAAUCUUGGAGUAUGCAACAUAAAACUGUGUUGGGGAAGACGGUCAAAAUUUGCGACUAUGAACUUGAGGACUGUGAUGUAGCUGGUUUGCACCCAGAGAAGCCGCAUAUUGUCUUCUUCAAACAUCCUGGUUUUGGUGAUCGUCGGAGUGUUGCACUGUCCUACGAUAUGAAGACUGCAGAGCUAGGGUUGUUUGGUGAGUUUGUUCCCAGAUUCCAGCCUAGGGUUUCUUGCUGGCCUACCCCGAUUCCAAGGUACGAGGAACUGCGAGCUAUAUACGAUGGGCGAUAUAGCUGUUGGGUUCAACAGAGCAGCAGCAAAGCAGCAACUCUCUCCCUGAACAAUCGGUAA